AUCAUACACUGACAGACACGCAACUCGAGCCGGUCCUGUAGAGGAGGAGCUCGCUUCACUUGUUAGACCAAGGAUCGAUUGUUUACGUGUUAUUCAUCGUUUUUAUUUUCACUUUAAUUUUAUAAAGAUAAUAUUCGUGAGGAACCGGAGAGAUUAUGUCCAGACCGCUCACCAUGAAUCCAGCUUUCCUACCUACGCAAACUAACGGCGUUUUGAGGGCGCUUUUGGAAAAACCGAUGAAACUUAAUUUGCGCCAAGAUGAAGGCUAUGGGAAGUUGAGAGAUAAGACUAAAAGUCUGGAGGACGAUGGGAGCGCUCCACUGUCAGCUUUCUUGGGGCCAACUCUUUGGGAUAAAACGUUGUCUUAUGAUGGGGAUAGCUUUCAGCUGGAGUAUAUGGACCUUGAGGAGUUUCUCACAGAAAAUGGUAUCCCUUCAAGCCCUGUACAGCAUGACCAAAGCCUUCCUCGCCAGCAACAGCAGCAGCAGUCUCCCAUUCAACAGGGCCCCAUCUCAGUCAUGGACCUCAGCAGCCGGUCCAUCACCAACAUCCACACGGGUAUGGUCCAUCAGAACUGCCUCCAGAGCCCAAGCAGACCAGUUUUGCCUUCACGUAACACACCGAGCCCAAUAGACCCAGAGACCAUUCAGAUACCAAUGAGCUAUGAGCCCGAUCCAGCAGACUUGGCUCUGUCCAGCGUACCCGGCCAAGAGACUUUCGACCCACGAAAUCACAAGUUCUCCGAAGAGGAGCUGAAACCUCAACCUAUGAUCAAGAAAGCACGCAAAGUCUUCAUUCCCAAUGAAUUUAAGCAGGAUGAAAGAUACUGGUCCCGGCGCAGAAAGAACAACGUGGCCGCCAAGAGGUCACGGGAUGCUCGGCGCCUCAAAGAAAAUCAGAUUGCAAUCCGGGCUGGUUUCCUAGAGAAAGAGAACAUGGCUUUACGGCAGGAAGUCGCCGACCUACGAAAAGAGCUGGGGCAUUGCAAAAAUAUCUUAACAAAGUAUGAAGCUCAGCACAGCCCUCUGUGAGACCCCGGGGUUCAUGAGGUCUCUGCACUAGUGGCCCUUCCAGUCUGAAGGACAAUAUUGUUGGGUUAAGGCCCAUUUGACCUGUUUUUCAGCCAGCCCACACCUCAAUCUGUUCUUGGCACCUUAGAAGGCAGAAACGUUUUGCCGUGUGUUUAACUCAAAUGCCCUACUCUACUAUUCUGUGUUUGUUAGUGCAAACAAACCCAACGUUGUUUGCUGUCCUUGUUUCAUUUAGGAUGUCAUAAUUCUAUUUUUGUGUUAUUGCAUUUCACUUGCCCAGAAACAUUUUGCCUUAGUUUGCUGUCGUUUAUCAGUUUUCUUCAUUUUGGAAUCAGAGCUAGCAGAUGGUCCGCUACACCUCCAAAUCCCAGAUCCAUGAUGUUAUCUACUGUAAGAGAGUUGUACAGUACAUGUGCAUAGCUGCUUUGGGGUUCAGACGUGUUUGGGUUUUAUGUCACUGUACAUUAUUCUCACAGACAGAACAGAAUGUAGCAAGUUUAAAACACUUGUAAUAAUGUCCGAAAUUCAGGUUUGUCUAAAUUACAUAGCAUUGCGAAAUAAGGACACCCUCUUUUGAAAAUCAUUAUUAAUCGUGAAUUAUUAAUACAAUUGGCUGUCACCUUGAUGAUGAAUUAAUAGUUGAAUGCAAACUGUAAUCAAAGGAAUGCGCAUUGAACAUUUUGGCACCCUUGCUUAUAAAAUAUCAACAGAUGAUGAUAUUGCCUUUUGUUGGUCAGUUGUGAAAUGAAUGUAGAAGUACAGUGUAUUUCAUGUUUAUCGCUUUACUACAGACCAAAUUAUAUAAAAUAAGGUUUUAUUGUCAUAUUUCAAGUAAAUGUUUUUACAAGGUUAUUGUUUUUUGUAUAGUAUUUUCAUAUGGAUUUCUGAAUAUAUAUAAUUUGAUGUGUAUAUUUCUAUAUAGACAUCAAACUAUAUGAAUGAAUUGUACGUUUUACAGGCAACUGUAUGGGCAUUAUUACAAUACAUUCAGCACACGUGACCAUGGUUUCUUUUUAGAAGAGUCGUUUCUUAUACAGGCACUUUGGUGUUUUGUGCACCAAUAUGGAAACAAAUAUUUAUUUGUUUCAUGUUUUCUUUUAUUGUUACAAUUAUAUUGUCAAUACUUUUCAUGCAUUGGUGGUGAUGUACAAUCAUGGAAUAUAAUAUUAUUGUGCUUUUUGCCGAACAUGGCAGAAGAAAGCUAUUCUUUGCUAUGUGGAAUGUUUAAUUGUGUAUUUUAAUAAACAGAAAUGUUUUUUAUAUGAAAGCAUGUUUAAAUAUUAACAUUAAUUCUUUCUGCAAAUGAUGAAUUUACUUAAAUUUUCCAAAAUGUUGUCUGCUGUUGUCCUUUUUGGUUCCUUAUUCUCUUUCAGUAACCAAUUUAAUAAAAGCUUUGAAAAGCUUAUUUCUGGUGAUUAACAAUCAUAGUUGUUUAAAUAAAGUUACAAGGAUUGAUUACUAGAUUUCUAGAUACGACAUAACUCAAUAAAAAUGUAUACUUAUUCAGUGGAGUAUAUAUUCAAGAGAAUAAUGUACAGUAGCAUAUGACAACAUGCAAUGUAAUAGUAAAAUGUAGUAUUCAGAAUGAUUUUUUCUGGUCCUUAAUUUUUAUACACAAUAUAUAGACACAUUAGAUACUGAAACAGUAAAAGAUAAAAUAGAGGUAGACCUACAAAGUAGUUUAAAAUUCACUCUCUCAAGAAAGAACUAUAAAUCUAAAAUGUACCACUAGAUGGCCUUAUAUUUCCAAUGUUGGAGAUUCGCAUCUAAACAGUCAUUAAUCUAUGCUAUUCUCCGAUUAUUUUCAUCAUCACUGUCGUCUUCAAUAGGGGUGCAAAUGUGGUUUUGGUUCCAACACAAAGUUUUUGCGAACCAGUUAUGAAAACAAAAAUGAAUAAGUAAAAAUAAUAAAACACGUCAACGUUGUUCAAAAUAUUUUCUUUUGUGUUAAUCAGAUGGUGGGUGAGUAAAUGAUGUUGAAAAAAUGAGGAUGAAAAAAUUGGGGUGAGCUGUUUUUUUCCUGAUUUUUUUUAAAACUGCACAUCCCUUCCACAGACACGCAAACUCACAUGUGUGCAAUAACUACUCUCUCUCUCUUGCAUAAACAGUAUGACGCUCACUGUACCCUUGCAAUGACAUGUGUUCUGAGCAGGCCCCUAGUACGUGCUGUUUCUGGGUGUGGCCUGGCUGACUUCCUGUGGGGAUUAUGCAGCAUUUAUCAAAUAGACUAUGAGUUAUAUAAAGCCAUUUGUAAAUGCAGAGGGAGCAGAUUGGGAUCUAACAUUAAUCCCAGCCUGCGUUCAGCAUGGCUUCAAUCCAUCUGAACGAAAAGAACAGGCAGGAGGAUUUACAGACCGAACAUGGUCACAUCACAUCCUGAAUCUCUGCUGGCCAUACUGGACACCCCACUGCCCUCUUCAUCUCACAACCUGCACAUCAUAACUGACUGAUCAAUUACAGUCCAAUGUUCAUUGUUCAUGAGCUAUACUGAUAGGCCAAUUGCUUCCCAAGGAACACACUGAUCAAAAAUAUGUUGAAUGCACUUUAAGUCACUUUGAAAAAAAGCAUCUGCUAUUUGUGCAAAUGCAAUAGUUUGUGUAGACAUAGCACUGGAAAUUUAGUUAGAAAUUGUUCAAAUGAUCAGAAUGUUGUUUACAGUACAUUAAAGCAUGGAAUUGAAGAGUCAUUAUUAUGGUGAUGUACACAAAUAAAAGGUUAUGCAAGGGCAUAAAAUUUAGGAAUGUAUACAAACAGAAUUUGUUAUAGUAUUCGUUUUUAGUAUAGUAUAUAUUUUUCUAGUUAUUAUAAACAGAUUUGAAUGUGUGGAUACUGUAUAUAUUUUUGCUGAUUUGCAAAUUACAUGCUGUAUGAACAUGUUGCAGGCAUUCUGAAUUACUUAUACCCUUUCCUAGACCUGUUAUUUUUAUGU